AUGGACAAAUCUAAAGUUAUAAAAUUGAACAAUAGCGCUGCAAAGAACUGCGUGUCGAAGUCCUGGACCCACAACAGGACGACGGAGACUCGAGGAUCUGGGCCUAAAGCUACGCCACGUUUGCAAGGGCGAAAACAAUUCGACAUAACAGAACCGUUGUGCUAUCCGUCUAUGACAACUUCCAGCGGAGCGAGACAGCCAUGCGCUUACUGCAGCUCCUGGCUUAGCGCUUCCACCGAUGCUGAUUCGAGGGCCAAGGUCAAAGACUGCCCCGCGCCCCGAACUACCCCCACCAAGAGGGAUGCUCCAAUUGCCAAGCGUCUCGAGCCACCGACAUCCGGUCCGAAUCCCUACGCGCCCCACCUGAAGUACGGCAUAUUCCCGCAGAACCGCAAUAGACCCACGUCGCCUACGAAGCGGGCAUCGAGGUCGAUGGGAAAUGACAACUACGAGGCCAUGAAAGAAGCAUCAAGAACCAGCAGCCCGUUCUUCUCGGUACGGCCUCUUGAGCAACAGGACCUGGAGAUUGCAUCGCGGGCAGAAAUGAUGGUCGCUCCGGAUAGAUUCUCCGGUCUACCCGCUUUCAAUAGUGUGGGA